GGGCCCGCCCGGCGCUCCUGCUCCACCACACGACGACACCCGCGGGAGGGGGGAGGGCCGAGGCACGGCGCGGAGCGCAGGCAGCCCGCCUCGCCCCUCACACACACUCACGCACGCACACGGGGCUCCUUGCAGGGCGUCCGCCCAUGGCCGACAGGAGCCUUAUCGAGGGCGACGAGCCCGUCCAGCGCAGGGAGGAGGCUCCGGAGUGGGGUUACGAGGAAGGCGUGGAGUGGGGGCUGAUUUUCCCCGAUGCUAACGGGGAGUAUCAAUCGCCUAUUAACCUGAACUCGAGAGAAGCUAAAUACGACCCCUCGCUCCUGGAAGUUCGUCUGUCACCAAACUACGUAGUAUGUCGUGACUGUGAAGUGAUCAACGAUGGGCAUUCGAUUCAGAUUGCCCUGAAGUCAAAAUCAGUGUUAAUAGGGGGACCAUUACCUCGAGGACAUGAGUUUGAACUACAUGAUGUUCGAUUUCACUGGGGGAGAGAAAAUCAGCGUGGUUCGGAACACACAGUUAAUUUUAAGGCAUUUCCCAUGGAGCUUCACCUAAUGCACUGGAACUCCACACUGUACAGCAGCAUUGAUGAGGCAGUAGGGAAGAAGCAUGGCAUAGCUAUUAUUGCUUUGUUUGUGCAGAUAGGAAAAGAGCACGCAGGCCUAAAGGCUGUGACUGAAAUUCUCCAGGACAUCCAGUACAAGGGAAAGUCCAAAACAAUACCCUGUUUUAAUCCCAACUCUUUAUUGCCAGAUCCUCUUCUGCGUGACUACUGGGUGUAUGAGGGCUCCCUAACCAUUCCACCCUGCAGUGAAGGUGUCACCUGGAUAUUAUUCCGCUAUCCUUUGACUGUGUCCCAAGUGCAGAUAGAGGAAUUUCGUAGACUGAGGACACAUGUUAAAGGUGCUGAGCUUUUAGAGGGCUGUGAUGGAAUCCUAGGAGAUAACUUCAGACCAACUCAGCCACUUAGUGAUAGAAUCAUCAGGGCUGCAUUUCAGUAGCAGAAGAGGAAGAAUAACAAAAAUUAAUCUUAUGAAGAGAGGGGGAAGACAAUGCUCCCACAGUGCCCUCAGAUGAGAAAUGGAAACUUUUGAGGCUGCUGCUUCAGUUGAACCACAAAGCCUGUAUUGUUUCUCUUCAUCUAAUUCAGCCAUGAUAGACAGCUGUGACAGUUGGUCUGUCCACAUGGUCCAGUGAAAUUCUGGGAAUGGGGCUGUACAUUAAAAGAAGAAAACACAUUAAAUCUUCCAAUUCACACUGUUAGCUAUUUUUAAAUGGUAAUUAUCAUUGCUUAUAUAGUUUCUUUACCACAGCAUUCAGCAGCAGUCUGUGAUCCAAAUAGUACUAAUUUUAAGCUUGGUAUGAAUGUUAAUAUGUAGACAUACUCAUUAUUGUUUUAAAUGUUAGAUUUAAUUUUUUUCCAUAUCAUCUCUUGUGCUGUUAGUAACCAGCUUGUCUGUAGAGGGGAGAUGCAUUCUAUAAAGCUAAUAAAAGCAUUGUUUGUUCACAGAUAGCAUUAUACAAAUUCAGAAUUAAUUUCUGGGCAGAAAGGAGCAUUUUUCUGCCAAACAUAUGCACUUAACAUGGCUUAUCUAAAUAAAUCUGAAUGACAUUUGCAUUACUAGAAACCUUACUGAAAUAAUGGCUGAUUUUGAAAUAAGGACAUUUAACCAAUAUAACAAUAAACAGAAUCAUCUGGA